AUGACGAAAGAGUUGUUUAGUGGACAUGACAGAACUUUUCAUACCAGGCCAAACAGUCAGCAACUUCUUCAAGUACCACUUGAGCAGGAACGUAUCUACAACAAGCAAUCCAUCUACCGUCAGCUCUGCCGCCGUCAGCGAUCGCUCUACGGAAACGCGAAGACCAUAUUCCAAGUACCAAAUCGCCGAGCUAGAAAGAGAGUACGCUAUCUCCACCUACAUCUCAAAGUCACGCCGCUGGGAAUUAUCACAACUGCUAACUUAAGUGAACGACAGAUCAAAAUUUGGUUCCAGAAUCGCCGAAUAAAGGCGAAAAAGUUGCAAAAACGGGAUGAGACUUUAAAAGGUCAAUCUUCGAAUUGA